AUGGGUCAUCCUCAGCCAGCCAUGCUCAAACAACGAACGCUAUCCUCAUCCGGCAAUUACGAAUCGCCGUUUCCCACAAGCACUGGUCUGCCUGCUACUUCUGCGCAACUUCUCGGAUCUGGCAAUGAUCUUUCUGUUAUGGCAGGCCAGACCAUCGUCAUGAUCACCCUGGCUCAUGAUAGGCAUGGACCAGGAUCGGGUUCGUUGCCCACGGGGACUGAUACCAUUACCAUGUCGUCCCUGACUCUCUCAAGCGCCAACACCAUGUCAGCACCGGCGGCUAGUAACACCGAUGACUGCGGUGUUUACUUACUCUUCGGCGAUUUCGGCCAACAGCUACGGUUUGGCAGGGUGGGUACGGUGCCGAGUUUCACACGUAUUUCACUGGUCCGAGUCAGUCAAGUUUUCGAGGUCAGCGCCAUUGCUACCGCGUUGAGCAAGGAUGAUUGGGGGGGAACGUUCUAUGUAGACAAAGACGUCAAGAGCAUAACUGCACUCAGGUUGGUAUUUGCCUUUCUCCAGAUAAUCAUCGGGAUCGGGGCUGCUUUGGCUGGCUUGGGACCGGCGGUCGAAGAUGCUAUAGCUAGUGGUGGGGUCGCACUUUUUGGUGAUCCUUAUCUACCCAGGAUGAUUCACAUAGGUCUCGAGGUCUUUCGGCUGCCUAUGCCAACGUUUGCUAGCGAGGACAACACUUUCCAAAAGUUGGCGAACCUUGGAGGAAUUCUUGGUGAAAUUGUUGUAGGCGCCAUGGAGGGUUUUACCUCGGCCAACAACGAAUUGAUGGAGGGCAACAACUACGACGGCACCGGCGACAUUCGAUCAUAUUCUGCGGGUGGAGCUCCGUAUGAAGUAGCUGGCUACGAUUACGACAACAACACAGGGUGUAACAGGGUGAGACCUGCGCUCGAAAGCCAAUGGGCGAAUCCUGGCGCCCAAGGUGCAAGCUGGGAAGGUACUUUCACCAUCCCAGUUUGCGAUGUCAGCACGGCCAUAGAGGCGGACUACCAGGAUAAGCAGUACAUUCUGCAGCCGUACAUCGGGGACAACAGCCGGCCACUAUGGUGUGGACCCGUUUGCGGUGGCAAUUUGACGACUACACAGGCGUUCAAUGCCGCAGCGCAGAUGACGAAAUUUGACAGUCCGAAACAGGCAUGUAGUUGGAGUCCUGGCUAUUGA